CUGGUACGAUAUUCGAGAUAUAGCGAUACGUGUAUAUACUUCUCAUGCGGUUGCUGAAAACUCUUCGACAGCCUGGAAACAUCACAAACGAGAGAUUCAGCUUGGUUCCAGAGAAACUACUCACAAGGUUGCUGAAAACUCUUCGACAGCCCACGACCGGUUUCGCCCUUCUUGGGGCUCAUCAGGUGGGCGCAGUCCCCGAGUUUCCGUCAGCCUUGCGUUCUACUUGAACCCAAAUAGGACCGUUUUCGAGAAAUACACUCAUUUGCAAAUCAAUUUGGUUUUCACGAAAGACUCAAUUGAAUCUCUUGUUUAUGAUAUAAGUAGUUUACUUUGUGAAAACCUACUACGAUAUCUCGAAUAUCGUGCCAACUG